CUAUGUCAGCAAAGUGGAGCUAUAAUUUCAACAAAAGUGAGACAGGCACCUAAGCUGCUUCUGGGAAAGGGUUCCCAGCUGUGGAUCAUAAACAGAGAGAGACAGCUCCCUGAAGCCCAGAGUUAGGUACCUAACUCUGAAAAGGUUGGGGCUUUGGACAUACCCCUGUCCUUGGCAUCACCCAUUGAUUAUUUUAGGUGUUUCCCCACCUAGCAUGCUGGCUUUUGUGAUCCAGUUCUCAGACACCCCUCUCUCCCAAUCCAAUAUUCUUGGGUAAGGAUAUUUGCACCCAACAUAGAGCAGAUGCAUGUAGUGGAUCAUUUCAGAGGAAGUCCAACAGAAGAGAAGAGAAAUGUGUUAGUUGAAAGUGCCAGGCUAGCAAGAGGCAACAUUGAAGAUCUGGCUGAACUGAAAGUUGGUGAAUUUGAUGCACUCAUUUUUCCAGGUGGAUUUGGUGUAGCAAAGAAUCUGUGUUCCUGGGCAGUGGAUGGAAAGAACUGUACUGUCAAUGAGCUUGUGAAGUCCACUCUUCAGGCUUUUCAUAGUGCUAAGAAACCCAUUGGCUUGUGCUGUAUAUCCCCAGUGCUGGCAGCUAAAGUCUUCCCAGGUUGUGAAGUCACAGUUGGCCAGGAUAAAAAUGUAGAUGGAAGGUUUCCUGAUGCUGAAACAGCAUCUGGUAUAGUAGAACUUGGAUGCAAGCACAUUUGUAAAGAUGUAGCUGAAUCCCACGUGGAUGCCACCAACAAAAUAGUUACUACUUGUGCUUUCAUGUGCAAAGCUCCUUUGCAUGAAAUCUUUGAUGGAAUAGGAACAAUGGUGGCAGAAGUCCUGAAACUCAGCUGAGGGUACUCUGACAUCUGCUAUCCCCUGCAAUGAAGUGACUACCAGUAAAUAUAAAACAUUUACCUGAACUUAACUAUAUUAAUAAAAUGCAGUUAGUGAGCUUCA